AUGGCCAUGUGCGAGCAUUGCAUCACAGGCGUCAGCCACGAAGGGACUCCGGAGGGAACCUUCACCAGGAUCGGCGGCAUCGAUUGCUAUGUCGCUGCUCCGCCAGGCGAGCACGACACGACCAAGAUCCUCCUCUUCCUGCCCGACGCGCUCGGGGUGCUGAGCCCCAAUUCCCAACUCCUCGCGGACUCCUUUGCGCGCAGCGGCUACCGGACGGUCAUGGUCGACUACUUCGCCGGCGACCCCGUCCCGUCCGAGCUCGCGUUCACUGGGCGCCACGAGGGCUUCUCCCUGGACGCGUGGCACGCGCGCCAGCCGACCGACCUCGUGCUCGCACGCACGCGCGCCGCCGCCGUCGUCACGGCGGCGCACCCGACGUUCCUCAAGGCGCCCGAGGACCUGGAGAGAUACCGCGCGCUCGCGGAGGCGCCGCUGCUGCUGAACACGUGCGAGGUCGACCCGCCGUUCCCGCCCGAGGCGCAGAAGGUGGCGGACGAGAUACUCGGCGGAGGCAAGUACGCGCCCGGGUACGAGCGCACGUACUGGCCUGGGUGCACGCACGGCUUCGCCGUCAGAGGCGACUUGAGCAACCCCGAUGUCAAGGCGGGGAUGGAGGGUGCGUUCAAGGCGACGCUUGGAUUUUUGAAGAAAUACUUCGUAUAG